CUCUCGUCAGAUUACAUCGUAUUGUUUACUUGCCAAAGUCAAUGCCGGUAAAGCAGAGAGACGCCUUGCCUACCUGCUUUUCCUGUUCAGCAUCGGGAAGCUAUCUUUGAGCUGGCAUGUGUUCGUACGGUCUCUGCUUUGCACACAUUCCCCACCUGCAAUCUCCUCCAGUCGGUAAGGUAGCCGGAUGCCGCCAAUCAACGCAAAGCUCGGGACUAUCACUCCACAACAACACUGACUGCAAAUCCCCUAAAUCCAUACCUAUAAUUACAGCUACAUUUUGAAUGCCUUAAAGCCUGCUAUCUAAGUGCAAAGGCCACCUAAAAUAAUUAUCUAUUAUCUGACCGCAACGAUCUUCUCUCAAGAUGGCACGGGACUCGAUCGUAAUCCUCGGUGCAGGAAUCAUCGGCCUAGAUGUUGCUCUUGAGCUUUCUCGCCGAGGCUAUGGAUCCAUGGUCACUAUCGUAGCAGAACAUCUCCCCGGAGACAAAUCGAUCAACUACACGUCUCCAUGGGCUGGAGGUAACUUCUCUGCUAUAUCCGGCAACGAUGUCAAUGCAUUGAAGUGGGAUAAAGCUGGUUAUCUAGAAAUGUGGAAGCUCGUUGAAAACGAGUCACCCGAAGCCAGAUUUUUGGCCAAGACAAAAUCGACCGAGUAUUUUGACAAGUCGCCUGACGCAGACAAAAUCAAGAGUAUGAGCACGUAUCUGAAGGACCUUGUUAUCCUUCCUCAACAAGGUUUACCAGCUCGUGUGGAAUUUGGAAUCACUUUCACAACCAUCACCAUAAACUCGCCAGCCCACCUCGAACACUUGUCGAGCUUGUUACAAACGCCAGCUUAUGGCUCCAUUCCAUUUUUGCGACGGCGACUCGAUUCUCUCGAUGCCGCAUUUUUGUCCCCCGGAACCAAGAUCGUCUUCAAUUGCAUCGGCAAUGCAGCCAAAACAUUGAAAGAUGUAGAGGAUCCGCGCUCAUAUCCAACAAGAGGACAAGUGGUUCUUGUCAGGGCGCCGAAUGUUCAAGAGAACAUCAUGAGACACGGGAGCGGCUACGAGACCUAUGUGAUUCCGAGACCGAAUUCUGGAGGCCAUGUAAUCCUGGGUGGAUACAUGCAGAAAGGGAACUCAUCAGGUGAUGUGUAUGACAGUGAAACGCAGUCAAUUCUUGCGAGGACAAAGGAGCUUUUCCCAGCGUUGGGUGCCUCGACGACUGAAGUUCUUGCUGUAGCUGCUGGACUGAGACCGUCGAGAGAAGGCGGAUGCCGAAUUGAGUCAGAGAUUUUAUCCGAGGGGAGACUUGUUGUGCACAAUUAUGGUGCUGGUGGAACUGGAUAUCAAGCGGGGAUGGGCAUGGCGAUGACUGCUGUAGAACUUGCUUCGGAAUCCCUCCAGAAACUCAAGACAAGCUCGCUUCUGUAAGCAGGCAUGGGCACAUCCGGUUAUGAUAAAUGAUCACCAUAUUUGAGUCUCUCAAGCUCCGCAAGGAAGCUUUAUCAGAAUUUGCUUGUCCCUUGGGCAGAGAGGGAACAUAUAAGAGCUAGAGACUUGGCAUCGUUGCUGUUGUGACGAAUGUCGUGAGUGGAUAAUUGAGUAUUGUAGGAUAUUUAGGACUGGAAGAGACUCUGUGAGACCUGGAUCUUCUUCUACUCAAGGUUCCUACAGCAGACUGAACUUCGCUACUCGCUAGCUGGGAAAGCUGCUGGGAGUACCAGUUGACACAAUCUUCGAAGUACAGCACUAUUUACUUCAAGGAUUUUUCUAUGUUUCCAACUAGUGCUUGUACAUAGUGUCUAUAGAAUUACUUUAGAUCUGGAUCAUCAUCUUCUCUUCGUUCGACACUCUUUUAUUCCUUAGCCAUGUAGGGAC